CUUCAUAGCUGGUCGCACCAGAGAAGCCAUGCACAGCACAUUUCCUGUUCAUGAAUUCCACACUUGUUACAUUUAAAAGAUUCGGUGCGGAUUAAAAAUGCUUCUACUGUUCAGUUUUUGGAUUAUUACAGGACUCAUGGCAGAGGGCCUGGCGGUGAUAUAUCAACUGAAAAACAGCUCAGUGUGUCUGAAUGUUGUAAACUCACCAUCAUAUAAAAGCCCUAAAUGGGCAUUUGAUAAGGAAAUUAUUGUUGAAGGUGAAGAGAUCAACCCCAACUAUACAGGCAAAGUGGUUUAUAAUCCUGUCAACCACUCCUUAUGUAUAAAUAACCUGACUGACACAGACACAGGCAUCUAUGAAUUCUCAUUCAGCCAUAAUUUUCGUCCUGUAUCAGUGAAACAUCAACUCAUUGUUCAAGAAAUGGUUCCCAGACCUGUCAUUAAGAUGUCAAAUCGUGGCUCCAACGUGUCUGCUGGACUCUGUAGUAUCACGGUAAACUGCUCCAUCCAGGACGAGUGGCUUUCGUUACUUUGUGUUGAAGAUAGUUGCACGUCUCAGAAGGCAUUCAGUAAAGUCAACAUCACCAUAGUCAGUAACAACAGAACUGUGACCUGCAGUGGCAGCAACCACGUUAGCACAAGUAAUGCUUCUAAAACCAUAAUAACGUGUUUCAGUGAACAGAGUACUGAAAAUAAGGAGGAACCACCACAACACCUGGGAAUGGCAGCAUUUAUUAUAGCAGUUCUUUGUGUCCCUGUCUUGGUCCUGAUUUUUUUCUUUUUUGUUAAAAGGCAGGUUUCAAAAAAAUGCAAAUCCUAUCAGCAACAAACAUCUACUGUUCACUCGAUACAAAGCCAGCCCAUGGGGACGCUGCCACCAUCUCAGCCUAGACUCUCAACUGGGUCUUCAUCCAGUGAUGGUGACCCUGCUUAUGAGAAUGCCGACAUCAUUCAGUUGAGCCAGACCAGCAGCCCAGCAGCCGGACCAAGAGAGGAAAUGAGCUCCAUGGACAGGCACCAAGUAGAUACCAUCUACAGUUUUCCAGAUGGAAAUGCCUCUUCUGCCAACAACACGCAGAAUACUUCAGAGGCUGCUGCCACCGUAGAGGAAGCACAGCGCCCCGCACAGAUUGACACAGUUUACAGUGUGUUGCAGAAGCCAAAAAAUCUGAAUCCACAGCGCCACCAAGAGGUGAAACAGGAUCUUUGAACAGGUGGAAACAAAAGAACGCAGAAAAAAAAAAGAAUGUGAACAAAUUAUAUUUCAGAGAAAUUUUCACCUGUGCAGUAUUCAACAAAGAAAAUGCUGGACCAAAUCACAGAACUUGUAAUCACAGGAAUUAUAAUUAGUAUUUUAUGAAAUGGUGUCUUUGCUGACUAACUGGGGUGUGUACUGACACAAAUGAAUAGGUUCUUUGUUUUGCCGCCUAUUCACUGAUAUUUAUUUGCUAUGUGAAUACUUAAAUCUGUUUAAUAUCACCAGUUUGUUUUUAUCCAUCAAAUUGCUUUCUGUCUUUUUUAUAAAUUAUGUUUUUUUUACCCACUCUUGUAAAGCACUUUGUAAUGUGGAUUUUGAAAAUGUCUCUAUGAUCAAAACUUAUGUGAAGAAGUUCUCAUGAUAUGUGAAAAGUGAAAGUGCUGAAAUUGUUUUGAGAUCACUCUGCUGGCAGACUCAAGUCAUAACUGUUGCAUUUUUACCAAAAUGCCUGGAAAAUACCUGGAAAAUACCUUAGUGUUGCAUGAACUUCUAUGAUAAUCUUGUUAUUACAAUCAUAUUAAUAACACGAUAAUUACAACCACACCCAUUUUUUUUUUGAGGAUUUUUUAUGGACUCAGUGUUUCAGGGAUUUUUUUGCACCUCUUUUUGUCUUUCUGCCUUUAAGAAACUCUCAGCCACUUAAAAAUCCUGUUUACUGGUCCUAACAUUUAUCAGCAUGAGGGCACUCUCCUAAGAGCUAAGAUGCUUUUUUAAAAUUCUUAAAAAUCACCAUGAUUUUAAGAAUUUUCUUAGAAUUUCAGCCAUGAGCGAAACUCUUUGGACAUAUUAUUACCAUUUUGCAGAUGUCAUUAUUCUUUUGUUUUGAUUUAAAACAUACAAAAACAAACAAAAACAACAAAAACCAAGCAAAAAACAAACAAACAAAAACAGUUUAAUGAGCCUGUUAUUAGGAAGCUCCGGUUGAAGAGGGGGAUGUACUUACUGAAGCUCAUGACAAAUUAUUUUAACAGGGGAACUGUUAUUACUUACAUGUUGUUAUU